AUGAUACACUUUCUUGAUGAGGGCGCCAUGGACGUGCCAUUCGCCACGACGAGCUUCAGCCAUCGUACCCUCCUCAAGAUCGCGAAGAGUGACGCCACAAUCGCAGCCACAAUCCAAGAAGCCUACGACGCCUACAUGGCGAAGGAGAGAAACACAAGCGCCGACUUCAGAAAAGUUCUCGAUGACUUCAAGUGGACUAUCCCUGGCGUGCGUGGAUGUGCGGACGAUGCCGUACCGCCCGAAGAGAUCCCCGUCUUAUCUUCCCAAAUAAAGGGUGCAUUCUACAGAAGCGUGGCCGAGAUUUGCGGGCGAACGCACGACUAUUCGUCCCUCGGCACUAAGAAGAACGCGUUGGAUGCGCUGAGGAAACUGGGCGUCAUGCUAGUCAACACCCCGGACAAGAAACUGCGCGCUGCAGUCGCAGAUCGUAUCAAAGAUGUCGAGAGCCAAGAAUACGUCAACGGCAUGUACCAAAUCGCGCGCCACAUAAAUGUGGACCAGCGUGAAGAGGUGUGUAUGAUGCCGGUGAACGAAUCAAUGGAUUUCUUAGCCCGAUUGAGAGAUGAAGAGUCUGUAGAACCUACAGGGCAAUUCCAAGAGAAGUUGGAAGAGCUGCAGAAGCAGUUGAACAAUGCGGGGUUUCCUAUUCGUUUCAGUAUUGUUCACCAGGAGUUGGACGUAACGCCACAGACCAUUCAAGAUGACAUAGACAACGGUGUCGAAGAUAACGGAACUCCUGAGCCUGAUGAUUACUCGGAGUGA